AUGGUCCCUUGCUCCUCUUUCCACUUUGUCUCACCACACGCCGUGGCAAGAUUAGCAAGUUCGCAUCAAUGCUUCUACAUAUCUAGUGAGAUCCGCGUCAAACCGCGCUGUGUCCCUGUUCAAGGGCCAGAUGUUGUGAGGAGCGAACGGAGACAAACACGCCCCGCCGCCAUCGCUCCGCCCCCCCGCGGCCCACACGUGACCAGGGAGAACCCCGCGCUGCUCCCGCCCACCAAUCACAGCGCGCGAUCCCGCGACGGGGCGCUGUUUGUUCCCAGUUCCCUCCCAGUAAGAGCGGUCCUGGCACGGAAAGCGCUCCCAAUUCCAUCCGGAUUCUCUCAGGAUCGCUUCGAGUGCUCCCAGUAUUGGUUCCAGCACUGUGCAGGGCGCGGCCACUUUGGAACCCCCCAGGGCAGAGCGCAGCUGCUUUUCAGUGUCGGCACCGAUCUGGGCCGGGCUGGGAGCGGAGGAGGGGGAGGAAGGAAAGAGGAGCGGGAAGAACAAGAAGGGGAAAGUCAGGAACAUGAGGAAGAGGAGCUGCAAGAGAAAGAGCAGCAGCAGAACCACGCGGCUCCCCCGCCCGCCCGCUCAGGCUGCAGUUCCCCCAACUCUGGCAGCGUCGCCCUGCCCCCCCGGAACCCACAGGAUUUCCCAUUCCCAAAUCAUGGUCAGAUGGAGGAGGAGGCUGUGAGGAAGAUGGCCCAGAAGCCCCAUGCAGACAAGGAGCUGAGGAUGGAGACCAGGGAGGACAAAUCCCCACAGCUGAACCUUAUGGAAAAAGUAUUUUAAACCGGCUCCAUGGUGCAGGAAUCCAACGAGGAGGAAAAGCCCCAGAGAUCCCUCAUGAGGGGUUGCAAAUGCAGAUCACGGUGAUCCGAAGCAGAAAGACCCACUCCGGGCCAGGGAGGUGGCCAGAGAUGCUGCUGGAGCUUAGAGCUGGGAGUCCAUGAGCAGCUUCAUGAUGGGGAGAAGCCCCACAGGUGCUCAGAAUAUGGGAAGAGCUUCAGCAAGUGAUCCUACCUGAUCCAACACUAGAGAAUCCACAUGAGGGAACAGCCCUAUGAGUGUGGGGAGUGUGGGAAGGCUUCAAGACAAGCUCUGACCUGACUGCCCACCAGACGAGACACACAAAGCCAGAGGCGUGCCGAUUGUGAGGAAUGCAGGAAGACAUUUAGGACCAGCUCCAGUCUCCUCAGGCAGCAGUGGAUUCAGAGGAGAGGCCCUUCCACUGACCCAACAAUGGGAAUGGCUUCAACCAAAACUCCACUGUCGUCACCCACCAGCGCAUAUAUACUAGGACGAGGCCCUAUGAGUGUUCCAAAUGUGUGAAGUCCUGUUCCAGAAGCUCUCACAUUACCCUACACCAAUGGAGGCACCAGUAAGGGAAGACCUGCAAAUCAAGUACAGGAAGAGCUUCGUGUGUGGCUCCAGCUCCAUCUGGAUGUUCCUGUGACCCCCAGUGGGCAGAGCAUUGCUGGUCCAUGGUGCCUGUGAUAUGUGUUAGAAAUACACCUGGCUGGGGGCUCCACAUCCUCCUGGCUCCCCAUGGGCACCUGGACACUUCCACAGAUCAACAUCAGAAAUCCAUUGUGGAGAGCACAUUUGUCAACUUCUGACCCAAGAAAAAUCUCACUUUUUCCAUCUUCUGGUGGCAUCAAGCAACACUGAAUGGCCUUGGAGGUCUUCUCCAAUAAAAAUCCAUCAUUUUAAUCCUUUCUGGCUCAUGGGCAUCUUCCACAGCCAAAUGGGAACAGACUGGGGCAAAACCCACAAUUUUGGAGAUAGUGGGGUGGAAACACCUUCAAAAAGGGUUCUUCCCUCCCAGCCAAGCAUGUGGAUGCUUUGCCAGCAGGGACACAUAAAUCCUUUUGUUUUGGCCUUGAAACGAAAAGGUUUCUGUUCAUUCCUUUGAAAGCCCUGGGUUAAAAAUAAAGACAUUGAACUAAGA